AUGGACCAUACGAAGUCAUCAAGCGGACAGAGCGAUUUUUUACCAUCCAGACGGGAGCAACGGAGAACGAACAGAGGACCAAACAGGCAACUGAGCCCACGCCAACAGCAAUUACACGAAAUAGCAGAACUCGAAAACCAGUCGUCCGAUUCCAGGCGGGAGUUUAAAUACAACGAAGGGGGUCCUGUGGCGGCUGCAAGCGCCCCGAAUCUGGCAACGCAACCGCCACAACACAAGCCACACGCGCGCCUGCCAGACGACAGCCCGUCAUACACACCCCGACCGGCAAGAGCACUGGCGGCACGGCGAACGGCCGCACGCAACGAUAUCAGCCACGAGAAGGAAGUCUUUUUGAGAACGCUGCGCAAGUACAAUCGUACCAAGUCGCCAACUUCCCGCUCAUCGCUGCCGACACAUCAGCCCGUGCAGCCGCAGGAACAGCAACCUGCCGCGUGGAAAUUGAUCCGGCUCGAAUCACCGUCACGGCCGCUCACACGACCUCCACGAGCUCUCCUGACCACGUGGGACAUACGCCUCCGUUGCUACACGUCUCCAAGGUACACGGUCCCGCCGCUCCUGUCUCCGUUACCGCGAUCUCCCGGAGACCUCCGCCACCAGGGGACGCAGACCGUACCACCGACACGGGUCCACAAAGGACUAGAAGUACGGCCCCCGACUAGCUGUAUAGAGACGCAGACGGACAGCGAGUGGGAGGCGCCCACCGAGGAAAAGGGGACACAGGCGUGCUCUCCGAGCCUUGAGCACCAGGCCACGCAGACGGAGGAUCCGGACUCAGCCGACCAAGGGACCUACACACCGCCCGGCACACCGCCGGCGUGGAGGAAGCCCGGAGCGUGGGGAACUCGACAGCCACUCCACCGUACCAAGACACAGCCGUGCCUGGGACCCUAUUCUUGA